AUGCUAACGUGUAAGAAGCUAAGUGAAGUUUUGUGGUAUUUACCUACGGCGGAACAGGUGGUGUCGUUACUCUUGGAUCACGGAGCUAAAGUGAAUCAACAGGAUUUUUAUGGACGUACUGCGCUUCAUUAUGCAUUUGAAUCCAGAUAUGAUAAUGAUGUAUAUUUCCCAGAAGAAAAGCUUGCUCAAAAACAACGUAUUGUUAAAAUCCUUAUCCAGCACAACGCAGACAUUUAUCUAAAAGAUUCGUCUGGGCUUUACGCCUUUGACAUGGCUAGGCGUGAGGGACACGAAUCAUGGUUAAGAACCGCUGAAGCAUCAUUGACAGGGACACGCUCAAAGAAUGGAACAACUUCCUGUUCCAUAGGCUAA